AUGCAGUCCAACCUUCUCGCUCGUGAAACGGGCGAUCUCCGCCAUCAAGACUUUACUCGGUCCAUCACUUCUGAACUCCUACGUUCUUUUGCGCCAGCUCCUCAGCACCGCUUCAAUGGCGAGAGAACGUCCAGGCAUAGCCCUACGGAUGUAGGCGAGCGUGUGCACAAUUUAAGAGCACAUGGCGCAGGCGUUAACACACUCGCCCUUGAGAAGUUCGAUGGACGUAUCCUCCUCUCUGGGGGGGCCGAAGGAGGCAUCAAGGUCUGGAAUUUGGAAGACGCUGAAAACCCCAACAAGUUGCACACUUUCCGCCCCGUGAGCAGCAUAGCCAGGUCCACGAGAGAGGGGUCUUCUCUUGGGCAUAGUCAUGGUGUCACUCACGUUGCCUUUUAUCCUUUCGAUCCGGAUGCUUUUCUUUCAAGUUCUUACGACAAGAAGCUGAAGCUAUGGGCGACUCAGCGUUGCACUCUAUCGGCUACCUUUGACCUGAACGCAACUAUCUAUUCACACUCCACCAGCCCUGUAGCAGAUCAUCUUAUUGUGGCGUGUGCCACGCAAAACCCAGCAGUUCGGCUGGUGGAUUUGAAAUCAGGGUCCGCUGUACAAGCUCUUGUAGCACAUGGCGGCCCUGUUUUGUCAACUGCAUGGAGUCCGCGCCACGAGCAUGUUCUUGUCAGUGGCCACGCAGAUGGGAAAGUCAGAAUAUGGGACAUUCGUCGUUCUGGUGGUGUUGUGGCGCUGCUCGACCAGGAAGAUUCAUUGGGAAUCGUUCACAAAAUGAAACAUCUCAGUGCCACAGGGAUGGAUUCCAGUCAGAUCCCACACUUCCGUGCCUCGGCACAGGCGCACGAUGAUGCAGUAAAUGGUUUGCAGUGGACCGACGAUGGGAAAUACAUCAUCUCAGCUGGUCUCGACCGUCGCAUUCGUGUUUGGGACGCCGCCACGGGGGCUAAUACUCUCGCCAGUUUUGGCUCUCUUAUUCAGAAUCAACACGCGAAGACAGCAAGUAUUUUGGUUUCUCCGGCGCAUCUCACAAGUGGCAAUAGUCUUCUAUUCUGGCCAAAUGAUCAGGAAAUUCUUAUCCUCGAUCUUCAUGAUGGCCAUAUUGUGACACGGCUCCGGAGCCCGGGCGUGACGAACCCUAUAAGGCCACGAGGGGGCGAGAUGGGAAGAAACAGAAUCACUAGUAUAGUUUGGCGCGCAUCAGGGGGGACGGGACGCCCAGUUGGUCCUAUUAUGGGUGGCGGCAACUCGGUUGGGGCCGUAUAUAGCUCCCACAUGGAUGGGAAAAUUCGAGCUUGGGCACCCCAAAUACCUGGACCUGAGGAUGUCGCCGCGGAAGAAGAGAUGCAUGAGGAAGAGGAGGCUAAACAGAAGAAGAGAAAGGCUGUCGACGAUGCAUACAGAAGUCUUAUGGGCAAGAAGAUCACCUUUACGUAG